CAAUCCCUUGGGUUAUCAGCACUACCAUCAUUUUCUGAUGGAGGGCUCCGGAGACGUCCGUCUGCCGGCCAAGGUGCAGCCCUCGACCUGGCCCCCGGCCAGGACCCAAGAGCAACGAGGAGGUUCCCUCACAAGGUCCUCUGUUCGACGUCCCUCUACUGCCGCUGCUGCUGCUUCUUCUACAACCGCUGAUGCCGCCCCCUGGUGGCGGUGCAUUCAGAGCGGUGCUCUAGGCUGGAAGUGGCGUGGCGGUGCCCUUCUCGCCCUCCUGGUGGCCGUCGCGAUCCUUGGACUCGUCGCGGGCAUCUUGUUCGCGCAGAAAUACCUGGACGCUCCUGUCGCAGUCUGAACCACAACUGGUGGUCCACAACAACGUCGCCCUCUCGUCUUCCCGGAACCAGCUGGGGCCCCGCGCCAGAGGAGACGAAUUUCAGGAGGAAGGGACCAUCGGAAAUGAACCGCGCCCCUGCCGUAUACAGAAACAAAAGAGAAAAGGAAAAAACGCAGACACAUAAGGAAAGAAAUAAAGCGCAGAAAUCUGCGGACGCGUGAAGCUUAAUCCCCCGCCGCCGGCGUCUACACGUAACGACGACUGUCUCACGUCUUCGGAUGGCGAGAAAGGCGAAAGGGGGGAGAAAGGGCAGGAGACAGUACGUAACAUAAUUUCCACGGAACAAGGAAGCAAUCUCUCUCACCCGAAGGCACGCGGACAACCUCGCGCGGGCGGGCUGGCGCACUCGUGGUGAGUCUACGCCGCCUAACGUUUUUGUUUUGCUUACGCCUUCUUUCUUCAGUACCUUUUUCCCACAGCGGUGCAUGUGUGUGUCUGUGGCAGUUGGUCAAGGGCGAUGAGACGUGUGCGAGCGCGCGACACUCCGAUGGUGGUGGACGGCCUUCCGUUAGCAGUGAACCUUUUUCCCCCCUCGCGCGCGCACCCUCCAAGUCGACGCCCCUGGCAACGAAAAAAAAGAGAGGGGGUAAGCGAAGUGCAGGGAAAAUGCAUACGGAAACGCACGCACAGUGUAUACCCCGAUAUCGUCUCUCGCGUGGUUGGGCAAAGCCAGAUCGCAGUCACUUCGACGUAUAUACUAGAACGGCGUCCCCAACCCCCCUACCCGCGCGCGCGCGAUCCGUUUCUUCCGCACGCCUCGCGGGUCUCGUCAGUGGCCGCGGACCGCGGCGCGCGAAUGUCACGCCGACGAACAACUUCUCAUGGACCGCAACGUUCUCUUCGCUCUCGUUCAACACGCUGCAGCCUAAACGUCGGGGCGUUCCCGAAGUCCGCGGCACCCUUCCCGACGCGACGCCCUGCGCAUGUCCCGAGGCAAGACGCUAUAAUACUUACUUAGCACCCGCGGCAGAUCGUCUUGGCCCCUCCGGCGUCUCCACGCCUUCCAAGGACGACGCCUAACCGAGGCGACGGCGCGGCUCCAGGCCAUUGUCUUCGCGCCUGUUCCUUAAAAGCGCGUCGCGACCAUUUCAGCGCGCGCGCGUGUUUGUUGUGUGGCGUGACCAUUGUCCGUGUAAGGCCGUCCGGACCGGCCAGCGCUGCCCCGCCGCCUGAGUCACCGUGCCAGUAAGCGAGCUCUGUCUUCCACUGGUGGAUGCAUCGUCGGUGCUGCCGGCGAGCGAAGCGGUCAUCCGGGAAGUCCAGGCUCCGAGAAGAUCUAUCGAUCCGCGCAUCGACAACGUCCUCAAGGCAGUGGUCAGAUUGUCUCUAGUCCGCACCUGCGUGCGCACCGAGUGUUGUUCUCUUGCUGUUGGGAAGCGAUCCCGGUCAGCUGGUCGACCGAGACAAGGCAGCCUUCUGGCAAGUCCAUUUAUGAGAAGACUGUUGAAUCCCUAUGUCAAAGGUAGGGUGAAGCAGUCAUCACACAGUCUAUCUCUGCGUCUGCGUGGGGCAAAGGGUUGCCCUCUUGCUGUUGACGAGGAAACUGGUCGUUUGGUGGAGGAGCGAAGCAGUCUUCUGACGAGUCGAAGCUUUUGAGAACACUGGUUUGUCCGUGCAUCGACGUCAAGUGAAGUAGUCACCACACUGUCUCGCUCUCCGUCAUAUUUGCGCGCACAAACCAAUUGCCCUGUUGAUCAGCGAACCCGGUGGUCUGGCCAAGGAGAGGAAACAGUCUUGCGAGAAGUCCACACUUGAAAAUACUUAUUGAUCCGCACAUCGACGUCGACCGGGUGCAAGAGUCCCCGCACCGUCUCGGCCCUGGUCAAGGCGCACGCAAACGCCUGUCCACUGGCCGUCGGCAAGAACCAAGGCGAAUCCCGGUGGACGUCUUGGAGAAGGCCGGUUGCCUCGUGUCCCACCACCUCACCCGGGCGCGGGUGGCGCCGCCAUGGGUCAAGUCUGGAGCAACCUGUGGGACGUGCAGCUGCCGUUCAACUGCUACGAGACGGCGCACACUUGGACGCCCAUGUGCCACCGGGCGUGGAUCGACCUGUUCAAGGAUGUGAUGGCGUCGACGUUCCCGCUGCACCUAAUCUUCUACUCGACGAGUGCCCUGACUCGGUCCAAGGGCGAACCCCUGGAGAAGCUGAUACUGAGCUACGUGAUCGGAAACAGCCUUCGCUCCUCUCUCAGCAUCGCCUACUGCUUCUUCUUCCUCUGCGCGUUCGCCUGCAUCUCAAGUGCGUACCUGGGUCACUUCUCUCCGGGCCAAGUCCUGUUCUCGUGCCUGGCGGCGGUAUAUCUGGGCAUCAAGCUCGAGGAGCCGAGACGUGUCCAGGCGCUCCUGGUGUCCAUGCUCAGACUGGGUGCCGAAGUUGCAUUCGCAGCGCUUCAACACGGUGGAGUUUUGCCUCAAGGUCUUCAUCGAUUCCAGGUGCCGCUAUUCGCAGCUAGUCUGGCCGGAAUCGUUUGGCUGGCACGGGGCACCAAGUCAAAGGACCUGAGUCUCAAGGCGUUACGAAUGUUCUUGGGCUUCCAGCUGAUCCCCUGCAAGCACGGAGAUCUGGCGCAAGGCACCGUCGACGGCAAGUUCCAGUCGGCCCUGUCCUGCUUCGCAGCGUCGCUCACGAGGUUCGUGGUAUUCACAAGCGUCGGCACUGCGGCGUCCUUCGUCCUGACCUGGGGACGCCGGGUCGACCCUCGACCUGGACUUUUCCUGGGAUCGCUCGGAGCCAUCUACAGCCUGACUCGAUGCGUCCUGAGGCUACGAGGGUCACGUCGUUCGUGGCACGACCCCGCCGCGGCGCUGCUUGCCGGACUCUGCCUGGCACUGUGGCCGAGCCCCAGGAUCACCUUGUUCUUCGCCUUCAAGUUCCUCGAGCUCUGCUACAGUCGCGGCGAGGAGGCUGGCGUCCUGCCGUCCGGUUCCGAAGGCACCCAGUCCGCCCUCUUCGCCAUCUGCUGCGGCGUUCUCCUAACGGUGGGCGUACUCCAGCCACACCUUGUGCGGCCUUCGUACCGCUCGUUCAUCGAUCGAGUAAUUGGAAAGAGGAUGCGCUAUAUCAACGUGCCAGCCAUCGCGACGCUAGGCUACGGAACCACAAGCAUCGUCCCGGAUGUGCCAGUCACGAUGCCCGAGCUGGACCCAAGGUUCGUCAGCAGGAGAUACAAGGAGACGCUGUGGGUGUGGGCUCAAUAAAAAUCGCGAGACAAAAGAA